UUUGAUAGUCUGCUUAAAUUUUGUUGAACUUUAUCAGUUAAUUGAAACUAAUUCCCACAAUAUUUAGCUGAAAUCAAUAAUGGAUUAUCUCGGAAUAUCUUUAGAACACAUUUCUUUGGAAGAUGUCAUUGAUGAAGAAACCAACACAUUAGGAAUAUCCCUUGAGGAAAUGGAAACCUCUUUAAAUGCUCAGGAUUUGUCAAAGCAUAUCUUUGAGUUUGAUGAUGAAUUUAUCUUCAGCCUAAAGGAGUCCGAUGAACCAUUGGCUGUUGUUAGUCCAGAGGAACACACACAGCCACUUCAUACAUCAACACCAAAGACACCCAUACAUACAAGUAAAACAGGAAAAGGCAGACCAAAAAGGAACAGUUUAACUGCGUGUUUAAGGAAACAUUGUAUAUUAGCGCUUUACUAUAGCGCAAGGCUAAAUAUUACACUGAAAACGGAUGCUGAUCAACAAGAUCUGUUCUAUCUGCUUGUGGAUGAGGUAUUAGGCGAGAUUGAAGAGGCUAAAAAGCAUUCCCGAACACCCUCACCUGAUCUCACAGAAGAAAGUAUGCCGUCUGCUGAUGACAGCAUUCUUACACCUAGCUUAAUGGAACACAUAGACAGUUUCCACUUCGAUCCCCGGCAGACAUACACUCAGCCGUUUUACGACAGCUGCGGUGCCUUGAGCCCCCAGUCCCUCCCAUACAUGUCGCCCCCGCCCUCACACCUUCACCAGAAUGAGAGGUAUAUCGAGGAUCUACUGGAAGAUGACGAGGAAGAUGUAGAAUAUCUCAAAUUUGUCGAGACAAAUGAAAACCAAACCGCCAUCUUGAAUCACGUGACACCUUGUUACCAAGGAGAACGCCAGUACGCUGUUGAACAAAACUGUGCAAAAGACGACACACACGAUACCCAUCAUAAUGAUGACACAAAUUCAGUAAAAAGCAUAGACUCUGACUGCAGAAUUAAACAAAAUAGAAGUGUUUCUGGCGGUAAAUCAGACUAUCAGUUGAACGUCCAAGAAAUCAAAAAGGAGUAUUCGGAUUUGAUACAUUUGCCGGAUAUGACGCAAUAUUUUUCACCCGUCGAAACAUCUACGUCAUCAUCGAAACAGACAACACACAGUCUACAGAGUUACUCAACAGGGCAUCAAUACGAACCAGUGCAAUACAUCCAGAAUCAUGAAUUUGUCGAGGAGUCCUCGUGUGAUACCACAGUAUCCGAAUACAUGAACUGGAGUAUUAAACAUCCCAAGACAUGGUGCGCCACAGAGGUCCUGGACUGGCUGUAUUUCUCCGCUGAGAAGUAUGGCGUUGACUGCUCCGUCUUGCGGGGCGAGGCGUUCCGAACAGUGACGGGGGAACAACUCUGUAAUAUGACCGCUCAGGAUUUCACGGUUCUGGAACCAUGCUUCGGGAUUCUCUUCCAUAGGAUAUUCAGAGAACAUCUGCAAAUGUCCAACAUGUCACCAUCGUCCACAGGCACUUCAUGUUUCUCCGCGAAGUCCGGCUACGAAAGGGCCCAGCAUAAGUCCGAUGACCAGCUCUUCUCAUUCGCCUCUCCAACCGGAAGUUCCCCUAGUCUCGUCUCCAACUGCAUGAGCCCGGGUGCCUCCUCCGAACACACCAGCCCGGAAAUGUACCCCCACUACCAACACUCCCGGGACGCAUCUUUCGAGUUCGCGCCUCAGACAGCUUCUUCCGGCCUGUUGACUCCCAGCAUGGUACAACAGCAGGGAUACAAUUACGUGCUCCAGGCCCCUGACGGGCAGAUGUCAUACGGUUACGAGUACGACAGUGUGCCCUUCCAGACACCGAGUCGCGUGCUCGUGAAGGAAAAGUAUAACACCGCUACUGUCCCCCGCCGAAAGCCCGGCCGCCCGAGGAUCAAGAGCAUCCCGACCGCGGACGAACUGCGCGCUCAGAGGGAAAAGAAAAUGAAGAGCCAGCACCUAUGGGAAUUCAUCUACGACAUGUUAAACAAUCCUUCCUACAACCCUGGGAUCCUCAAGUGGGAGAAUCAGUCCGAGGGCGUCUUCCGGUUCAUCCAGUCCGAGUCCGUCGCGCAUCUGUGGGGAACCCUAAAGAGCAACGAGAACAUGACUUACGAGAAACUUAGCAGGGCUAUGAGACAUUACUACAAACGGGGAAUUCUUGAGAGAGUCGAAGGCAGACGACUUGUGUACAAAUUUUCCCGCGAAACUCUCGAAAAAAUGAAACAGAAGAAAAAUAUGCAGUUACUCGAAAUUCAAGCUGAACAAUUCGCAACCUCAUCUAAUUCUUCAAAUAGAAACCAGUUUCUCGUAACAUCAGUGUCGUCUGCUAACGUUGAACAAGCCUCGUUUUCAAUUCCCGCACCGCAAAUAAAGCGCGAUGAGCACGUGGUCGCCACGAGCUCCUAUUCCAUGCCAGUACUUGCAGAAGAUCUCCUAAAUAACAGUCAUGCAUAAUUUGACGUUGGUAUCAUAACUUGACAAUAUGAUUUCUUACAACACGACGGUUUGUGCAAUAUGCAUUAUAUAACGUGUGUCUCGCCUUUGCAUAAUACAAUAAUACAUUCCGGUUAAAAACGGGAACCACCAUUUUGUCUCAAUGUUGCUUUUGACAUGUUAAAUCGUGUGAUGUUCUAGUCGAUGUUUUUUGUUUUAUUUUUCAAAAUUAUUUGAAAGAUAUAUGCAUAAGUUUAAUGUAGUUUGUAGUUUAUUAUUCUAUAAAUAUAUUCUGCCUAAGUAACUGAUAUUAAGAGCCAAUUAUUGUUGACUAACUUUUAUGACAAAGCUGUCUUAAAGAUCAUCACCUGACCUCGGCAGGUCAGUUUGGUCAUUUAUUUAUGUGUCAGAUACAGGGUUUCGGUUCCGACAAUCUGCCUUAAAAAUGUGCUAUUUGAAUGUGAUAUUUUAACUUAAUUAUUCUUAUGUUUUUGCAAACAUUGCCUACAUGAUAUAUGCAAUAAAUUUUAAGAUUUGUCAA